GCUAGUCAUUACCGCUGCUCCAGAACAUUGCUACGCUCACUCAACUGCUUCCACCCAUCCACACCCCCCGAAACCCCAGUCCACCACGUCUCCUCCCACCCAAUGGAUCCGUCCGCCGCCAGCGCCGGCGCCUCGCGACGGAAGGCGGAGCAGUGGUUGAGCGUGGCCGAGAAGCUCCUGGUGGCGCGCGACCUCGAGGGGUGCAAGCAGUUCGCCUCCCAGGCCCUGGCCGCCGAUCCCCACACACCGGGCGCCGACGACCUCCACGCCGCCGCCGCCGCCCUCCUAGCCGCCCAGCGCCGCCGUCUCCCCAACGGCCAGCCCGAUCCUUACGCCGUCCUUGGCCUCGACCCCGCAAACGCCGCAUCACGCCACCCCGAUGCCAUCCACUCCCACUACCGCCGCCUCUCCUUCGUCCUCAAUCACUCCCACCCCAACCGCCCCUGCUCGCUCGCCUUCGCCGACGCCGCCCGCCUCGUCGCCAACGCCUGGGCCUUCCUCUCCGAUCCCGUCCUUAAAUCCGCCCUCGACGCGGAGCUCGACGCCGCCGCCGCCGCCGCCGCAGCUCGCGUAUACCACUCUCCCGUUCCAAAUCGACCGCAGCCGCAGUCGCAGUCACCGCUGCCUCCACGGCCAACACCGCCGUCGGUUGCUCCCUCUCCACGGCCAACACCUCCACCGGCUGCUCCCUCUCCACGGCCAACACCGCGGCCGGUUGCUCCCCAAAUACGGUCACCACCGCCGCCGGCUGCACCCCCUCCACGGCCAACACCGCAGCCGGUUGCUCCCCAAAUACGGCCAACACCGCCGCCGGUUGCAACCCCUCCACUGCCAACAUCGCCACCGGUUGCUCACGAAACAAGGCCAACCCCGCCGCCGGCUGCUCCCCAAACACCGGCAGCUGCAACGACCCCACGGGUAGAUUCUGGCGCGCCGCCUCCGUUGACGUUCUGGACGGUGUGCACGGCGUGCUGCCACAUUCACCAGUACGACCGCCUGUAUGAGACAUGCAAGCUGCUGUGCCCUAGUUGCCGCCAGCCCUUUGUAGCCGAAGCGAUGGCCGAUCCACCGCCUAUUGUGCCGGGCACUGACAUGUAUUACUGCACCUGGGGGUUCUUCCCCGUUGGGUUCCCUGGGUGCCCAGGCUUUGAAAGAAUGGUUAAUUCGCCACCGCCGGGGCCAGAUCAGCUGAAUGCACCUUGGCUUGCAGGUACUGGUGGUGCGAAACGCAAUGCUAGGGAUAAUGCUGAUAAUGGGGUACCAGUUACCGCUGCAGCAGAGGUACCAGUAGAGGUGCCGUCUGCGACACCUCCAGUGAAGCCUAUGAGAAUGAAGAUGGGGGCUAAGAAGCGUGGUCGCCCCAAGGGCAGUAAGAACAAGAAUAAGUUGUGAUUUAUAUUGACAAGGAUGAUGGAUACAAAUUUAUGAUCAUGAGAUCAGAUGGCUUGGUUGGGAUAUUCGAUCGAUCACAUUGCAAUUGUUGUCAGCUGAAGAAUUUGUCUGCAGAUUGAAGUUCCAUUCGAUGUUGACAGGAUCUUUCAUGAGGAGAAUGGCAGUUUUGGUGAUGGAAGAGUUCUUUCUUUGCUGGAAAAUGUUAAUUUGUGACUCAUGCCACAUUGCCUUUCUUGCCACUAUGCAUUGGAAGUUAGCUUUUGUAUUAGCUUGUUGUCUAAUUUCAUGACUCUCCUAGAGAUAGCUGUGCUGAUCUAAAGAUUACAGGGGAAUAACGACUUGGUACCUAUUGUUGUACAUUAUAAGUUUGAUACUAUUAUAAGCUCUGCUCUGUGUAGGAAUGCAGCAAUGAAUGAAAUGGUUUAAAGCCCAGUUUUUUAUGGCAAUUCUGCUCAUGUCAAUUGUCAAGUA